ACAGGACUUUCCUGCACACAGGAUGCACCGCACCCUCUCUCUCUCACGCUGCACAUCUUGCCGCCGGUCUGUCCUCGAAGCAUUCACCUCGCUCGCCGGCAUAAACCUCCCAGCCCGCAACACUCUCGCACCACUAUCCCGACCUCUCUAUAUUCAUUCCAGAACAUUUAGCCACAUCUCCCCUCUCCGCCAGUCUCUUGAACCUUCAUCGAAUUCAACCCAGUCCGAAUAUGUACCAUGGUAUCUAGAAGUCGAAGACCCAGAGCCUCCGGUGCCUACAUCUCCUCUGCUUGCGCUUCAAGAGAUCCCACCUCUCCCAGAUAAUCCACCACAGAUCCUCUCGUCUGUUCUCGACCAUCUAUCCACCCAGAUCGGCCUCGAUAAUCUCACCCUGUUAGACCUGCGACACAUUGAUCCUCCGCCCGCGCUGGGCGCCAAUCUAAUCAUGGUGAUCGGCACCGCUCGCAGCGUCAAGCAUCUCAAUGUUUCCGCAGACCGUUUCUGCCGCUGGGCUCGAAAAGAGUACAAACUGCGCCCGUUUGCCGACGGACUUCUGGGCCGCAAUGAGCUCAAACUGAAGCUGCGCAGAAAGGCGCGCAGGAUGAAACUUGCCCAGAGCGUGGGCAACACAAUGGCCACGCGCGACAGCGACGACGGCAUCACCACAGGAUGGAUCUGUGUGAACAUGGGUCCCGUAGACGAGGCUGUUCUCCCAGAGGAGCAGACCGUCACGGAGAGCUCGGUAGCCGACUCCAAACCCUUGCCGGACGAGUUUGCCGAGGACGAAGAGGACGAAUAUAUCAACCCGCCGGACGAUUACGUCGGGUUCGGUAGUCGAAUCAACUCGCCCCGGAUCGUGGUACAAAUGUUCACCGAGCAGAAGAGACUAGAGAUGGACCUGGAAGGUCUUUGGGAUGUUCGAAAUACCCGCCGAGCAAGAAAGGCCAACCGAGCCAAUGCCGCGGUCGAGGAGAUUCAGAGAGAGCAAGAGGAGGAAGCUGAUGACGCACGGGAUAAGGAAGUGCACGAAGAAGCCACGAAGCAGGACAAGCCACAGCACAAUCCCAAGAAUGACGAGGAUGUACCCAGUAAGAUGGAGAAGGAAAUUGAACAACCUGAAGAGCGUGAAGGGACAGAUCAAUCGAAACCCAUGGGUUCGAUAGGUGCCAGCUAA